AUGGAUAAUGGGUUGAGAAGAACCUUCCAGGCCUGGGACUAUGUGGUUUUCUCCUGUCUGUUUGUGGUCUCCUCCGGCAUCGGGGUCUUCUUCGCCGUGAAGGAGAGGAAGAACGCUUCGUCCAAAGAGUUUCUGGUCGGCGGGAGGCAGAUGACGUGUGGCCCUGUGGCCCUCUCCCUCACGGCCAGCUUCAUGUCCGCGGUGACGGUCCUGGGGGCUCCUUCAGAUGUCUACCGCUUCGGAGCUUCAUUUGUCAUCUUCGGAGUGGCCUACACCUUGGUGGUGAUCUUCACUGCUGAGGUCUUUCUGCCGGUCUUCUAUAGGUCAGGGAUAACCAGCACAUACGAGUAUCUUGAACUGAGAUUCUGUAAGGGGGUCCGAAUAGCUGCCACCAUCAUUUACAUGAUCCAAACGAUAUUGUAUACCGGCGUGGUGGUUUUUGCUCCUGCCCUGGCCCUAAAUCAAGUGACUGGCUUCAAUCUCUGGGGCUCUAUAUUUGCAACUGGAAUUGUGUGCACCUUCUAUUGUACCCUGGGGGGUCUGAAAGCAGUGGUGUGGACAGAUGCCUUCCAGAUGGUGGUGAUGGUGCUGGGCUUCCUCACCGUACUGGUGCAGGGAGCCUCCCAGACGGGGGGGGUGAUGGCCGUGUGGGACACGGCUCAAAAGGGACAGAGGCUGGAUGUGUUUGACUUCGACCCUGAUCCCCUGAGGCGACACACCUUCUGGACCAUCUCUAUCGGGGGCACGUUCACCUGGCUGGGGGUCUACGCUGUGAACCAGUCCACCAUCCAGCGCUGUAUCGCCUGCAAGACAGAGACUCAUGCACGCCUAGCGUUGUACUUUAACCUGCUGGGUUUACUGGUCAUCCUGGUGUGUGCCGUCCUCUCGGGGCUCAUGAUGUAUGCGUACUAUGAAAGCUGUGAUCCGUGGACCGCCAGCUUGGUCCAGGCACCAGACCAGCUCAUGCCGUACUUCGUGAUGGAAAUCCUGGGGACGUAUCCUGGUCUGCCAGGCCUCUUUGUUGCCUGUGCUUUCAGUGGAACCCUGAGCACUGUGGCAGCUAGCAUAAAUGCUCUGGCCACGGUGACGUAUGAGGACUUUGUGGGCCAGUGUCGUCCGAACAUCUCAAACCAAGCUGCUGCCUGGAUCAGCAAAGGACUGUGCAUUGUGUUUGGAAUUAGCUGCACUUCAAUGGCAAUUGCAGCAUCUUAUAUGGGAGGCAUUGUUCAGGCGGCUCUAAGUAUCCAUGGUAUGUGUGGAGGACCCAUGCUAGGAGUGUUUUCUCUUGGCAUUCUUUUCCCCUGCACUACUUCCAAGGGGGCCGCUGGUGGCCUGAUUCUGGGCAUCGCUCUCUCAUUCUGGGUGGGGAUCGGAGCCUUCUUCCACCCCGCCGGCCCCCUCAGCACACACCCUCUCCACCUGAGUGUGGAGGGCUGUCAGGGGAACACCACAUCAGCCAUCAACACAACCAUCACACCCUUCACUGGCAGCACUGUGUCUCCGACGAUAUGACAUUCUAUGCCCAUUAGGUCUGUUCUGGCUGAAUCGUGGUACUCCAUCUCCUACUUGUACUACAGUGCAGUGGGAUUCAUGAGCACCGUCAUCGCUGGCCUGAUCAUCACCUUCCUUACAGGCUGCGCCGAUCCCAAAGAGGUGAAGCCGGGACUUAUCCGACCUGUGUGUGACCUCUUCUGCUUCUGCUCAAAGAGGCUGAGGACGCAGUGCUGGUGUGGGGUGGACCACGAGAAGGACAGGACACUGGUCAGAUUUCUCUAAUCUCUACUCUACUCUGCUUAACUCUGUUUUUGUUCAUUUAGGUUUAACACUAAGUGUGAUAUCCCUCAGGUCUGUUUUCCACCAGAGAUUUGAUGCAUUUUCAUUACCAAUACGUUUUCUUGUAUCUUAACAGGAUCUGGGGAACACACAUCUAACAGAGGACAGUUGUCCAGACUAUGAGGCUUCAAUUAAAACCUUCAACAUACAGGAUACAGCAUAUGACAAUUCUGGUUUUGUUAAGGAUGCACAGGCGUAAACAUUUAGUUUCAGAAUGGCAUCAUUUAAAAAUAUUCUGUGAUGUACUCAUAGGCAAGGCAAGGCACGUUUAUUUUUUAGGACAAUUCAUACACAUCCCCACUUCAAAGUGCUUUAUAUAGCAUAAAUCACAGACAUUGGCAAUUAAAAGCGCUAUACAAAUGAACAGAUAAGAGAAUAUUGAGAAAUAAAAAAGAGAGAUUUUUAAAACGAUUAAAAAAAGGAAAAUGCAUUGAAGCAGAAUAACAACAAAAGAGCACAGAAAAA